AACACUAAUCGUUCAAGUUUGACGGAAAUCAAAUUGCAGUAAGCGUAGAGAAUCCAAUAAGAAAAUAUCAAAAUAUUUUCGCGUGACACGGACUGUGUGUUUUUGAGAAACAAACAUUUAUUUAGCUCUGAAAUGCAGUGAAAAAAAUGAAAUAAAAAUUCUGCAAUUACGCGAACGAGCAAACGCGUUACGUUCAGUUGCAAAUGGUGCAAAAAUUCUAUAUGAAAGCAAAAAGUUUUAUUUACUUUAAUUAAAGAUUAGAAAAUACCAUAUUUGGUCAAGUGCAGAGAAUCAAAGAGCAUGAAAUCAACCUAUACGGCUGGAAAUUGAGCGAGGAAAAACAAAUUCUUUACUGUGCAAGGAAAAAGAAAAAUUAUGAAUCUGAUAAUGAAAUAUUGAAAAGCAAUUGAUGUUUACACACAAUAUAAUAAAUUCAAAACAAAAUAAAAAUUGUUAAAGUGUAGAUUGGAUGCAGCCGAAUUAUUUACAUAUGUAUAUGAGGAGAUAGGUACAUUUUUGUGCAAUUUGUGUAUUUUCAUUUUGGCCUGUACGAUACAUCCACUUUAUAUGUGUGUGCGUGAGUGUAAAUUUCUUAAAAAUUGUAAUAUUUUUUACUUGUAUCGAAUCGACAACGGAUCGCUAAGGAAUUUACGGAAAUAUUAAUGUAAUUUGGUAAUUUGUCACAUACUAAAAUAAUUUCGUUGCAUUUCUAUUGAAUUUUUAAUUAUACGCGCAUACAAUAUUCACAUUUACCCACUGGCUGGGCUAAGUAACUGGUUGGUCCACUCUGUGUCUGCAUUUUGUUAAAGAAUAAACUAAUUUCGUUCAUUCCGGCUUUUUAAUGUCGUCAUAGAAGCAAUAACAAGUACAACGUGAGUUGGUUUUACUUCCGCGAUUCUCGGGUCGUAUGUGCUUAGAAUUUCCUUCUAUAUACUACUCUGGCAUAAAAGCAGACAGUGUCUAAUUGCAUUUAAAAAUAAUUACUGCAGUUUGUUUUUGCAAAUCUUGAUUACCUAAAGCAGUUUUGCAUUAUCAGCUAAAAAACGAACAAAUCAUAUUUCGUGUGUUAAUAUAGUCCCUGGCUGUCUUAUUAUUGUUAUAUUUCACACGUUGCUGUUGGCGUCGACGACGACACAUUCACAAUAAUCAUGGCUGACUUUGAUCUAAAUGUGGAUAGCUUGAUACAGCGGCUACUUGAACCGUUUAAAAAGCAAAAGGAGGCUGAAGAGCAAGCGCAAAAAAUGCUUGUCGCUCAGCAUAUGUUGCAACUGCAAAAGGAACAGCAAAAAACCGAUGCACAAACGCCGAGUGAGGCAGAGGAUUUGCAGGAGCAGGAGCGUCGAUUACUCGAACAAUUUGCAUUGUCGCCGCCCAGUGAGACGCUCAUCUCGGAGGAGGGCGAUCAGAUAACGGUGCAUCAUCCUCGUGAAGAGCCCAAGAAGUCGAAAUUGAAAUUACGUGAUUUUUUCGUGGCUGAAUUUGUGCGCAGCUGUCGUGCCGGCAAGUCCGUACAAAUGUCCGAAGCCGAAGUACGCGGUCUCUGCUUGAAGUCACGUGAAAUAUUUCUACAACAACCCAUACUCUUGGAACUCGAAGCGCCACUGAUCAUUUGCGGCGACAUACACGGUCAAUAUACAGAUUUACUGCGUCUUUUCGAAUAUGGCGGCUUUCCACCGGCAGCUAAUUAUCUAUUCUUGGGUGAUUACGUUGAUCGAGGUAAACAAUCGUUGGAGACCAUUUGCCUGUUGUUGGCGUAUAAAAUCAAAUAUCCCGAGAAUUUCUUUUUACUACGUGGCAAUCAUGAAUGCGCUAGUAUUAAUAGGAUUUAUGGCUUCUAUGAUGAAUGCAAACGCCGUUAUAAUGUAAAAUUGUGGAAAACCUUCACAGACUGCUUCAAUUGCCUACCUGUUGCCGCUAUAAUUGAUGAGAAAAUCUUCUGUUGUCACGGUGGUCUGAGUCCCGAUUUGCAGGGCAUGGAACAGAUACGUCGCCUUAUGCGUCCAACUGAUGUACCCGACACCGGCCUUUUGUGCGAUCUACUGUGGAGUGAUCCCGAUAAGGAUGUGCAGGGUUGGGGUGAGAAUGAUCGUGGCGUGAGUUUUACAUUCGGUGUGGAUGUGGUGUCGAAGUUUUUGCAUCGACACGAGCUGGAUCUCAUCUGUCGAGCGCAUCAGGUUGUUGAAGAUGGUUAUGAAUUCUUUGCGCGUCGUCAAUUGGUAACGCUUUUUUCGGCGCCCAACUACUGUGGUGAAUUCGAUAAUGCUGGCGGCAUGAUGACUGUAGAUGAUACGUUAAUGUGCUCGUUUCAGAUCCUCAAACCGUCGGAGAAGAAGGCGAAAUACUUGUACAGCGGCAUGAAUUCAUCGCGACCAAAUACACCACAACGCAAUGCACCGUUAAUAGCAUCGAAUAAAAAGGGCAAAUAAUACAUCCAUCCACUUCCAUUUCCUUAAAAAUUAAUUAAUUACUAUGUUAAAUUAAAAUUCGAAAAUAUAAAUCAGAAUGCAAAUAAGCAGAAGCAACAACAGCAAAAAAGUAAUGAUAAAAAUAAUAAAAAGAAAAAGCAAACGAAACGCCGCGCUAGCAGCAAAUAAGAGAGAAGAUAUUCAAAAUUCAAGAGAAAAUAUAUAAAAAAAAAUAUAAAAAAAUACAAAAAACCAUAAAAAAAAACAAAAAAAAAAUAAUAAAAAACGAAUGAGUUUAACAAUGAGAUAUCAGCAAUUACAGCAACAAUAAUGCAAAAACAAUACAAAACAGGUUACAAGCAAAAAAUGUGCGAAGAAAAUGUGCAACAUAUAAACAUAGAGAAAGGGAGGAAAACGAAAGCAAAAACAAAAAUAAUAAAAUCAUAUACAUACAUACAUACAUGCAUUAAUUAAUAAAACAGCAAUUUACAAACAUUUACGAAAAAUAAGAUUUUAUUUAAAAGUAAAUAUGUAUAUUAUAUAUAAUGCUUGUAAAAUGCCUAACCACUGUCUGUCCGACAAAGUUAUAGCUGUAAAAAAA